CCGUGACUGCACUUCUCUAAUCCCAUCCUCCUACUGCUCUGGCCCCUGACACUUCUCGCGACUCCCCUUACGUCAAACCACUGACGCCGGCUGACCGGUGGCAUCGUCACACCAGGCCAUUGAGGGGCACUCGCUGACGCCAUCUAGCCAUCGCAGCCGUGUGACAGAAUGCGCUUUUACUUCCUCCGACACGGCCAGUCCAAGGUACGCAGACAAGCAAGGCAAUGGGAGCACAGGUGGGACGGCAGGGAACCUUUCUGGGUCGUGUGUGUCCAUGUGUGCAGAACAACGCGUCGUACCUGGACGACAGCAAGAUCUUCAAGGGCCGAGUGCCUGAUCCCUCCAUGACCGACCUCGGCUGGGAGCAAGUUCGGGUCGCCGGCAAGUACCUCAGGCGGCACAACGAGUCCGGCAAGACCAGGGCGGAGGACAGAAUCGUCAAGGUCUUCGUCUCACCUAUGGUAUGUCAAGCACAGCGAGACGCGCGUGUCGCUGGAUGCAUCUGUCUGUCUGUUCGUCUGUCUGUCUGUCUGUGUGUGUGGUGUCUUGUCUUGCGUGGUGAUAUAUCAGACCCGUGCACUGCAGACGGCCCAGGUGUUGCAUGAGGAGCUGGGCGUGCCGGUUGAGUGUGUGGCCAACCUCCACGAGCAGGGCGGCCUCUUCCUCGGAGAACGGAACCAGGUGUGUUGUGUGUCGGCGAUGCGAUAGGAUCCAUUCCUGCUUCCGUCAUCACUUAUCCAUUCCAUCAUGUGUCUGUCAUGUGUAUGUGGGUGGACUUACCUGUCUGUCUGUCAGGUUGCCGAUUUUCUGUCUCCCCCCGACGGCAAGAGCGACAAGCCCUCGCCGGCCGACGCCUCCGCCCCCAUAGUGCGAGGCGCCACCCGCAGCCAGCUGCAGAGGACAUUCCCAUUCGCAACCUUCCCUGCUGAGAUCACAGAACAAGGGUAACUAACUGCAAUAUAUGUGCACGUCCAAGGCGCCGACCACUGUCUGUCACCAUGUGGGGGUGUGUUUACAUGCAGUUGGUGGCGUGGAGGGUUUGAGACGUUCAACCAGGCUGUGAUGCGCGCGAGGCUCGUCGCACGGUGCGUGGCUGUGGGCGACAGGAGGGAUGCCGGAACAAUUGCGGAAUGAACAUACAUCUGUGUGUGUUUGUGUUGGUGUGUGUAUGUUCAGGUGGAUGUGGUCACUGGUUGAGUCCAACGAAACGGGGGCAUGCGUCUUCGUGACGCACGGCAUCUUCCAAGACCUGCUCGGUGACUGACACACCAUACAUACCAGCCAGCCACACACCACACCCAUGCAUGAGUUGACCGUCUCUCCGUUGUCUCUCCUUCCCUCCCUUCCUCCCUCAGUGAAGCUUCUGCUCGGUCUGUCCCUCUCCCCCCCGUCGAGCACCCACCUCAACGGCAGCCUCCCGCCCCCAUUCCCCUCCUCAUGCCUCCCGCAGCCCUUCCCAGAGUCAGGCGACCCACGCGCCUCGCAUCUACUCUGCUCAAACGUCGGCCUCUCACUCCUCGACCUCAAGGUCAUCCCCCGCCCAUCCACCGACGACGACGGAUUCGCCGUGGCGAGCAUGCCGUCGUCGCUGCCCCGGUGCGACUCGAUGGCGAUCAGUGAGGGCAAGGAGUCGACCAGCAGCAGCAGCCACACGAGCGAGAGGGAGGCGUGCGCGAGCCCCAUAACGGAGAGCGGGGAGGGGGAGGGCGGCGGGAUGUCGCCGGUGCUGGUCAAGCAGCAGGAGAUGAUCCGUGCGGUGGGGGUGCUGCUGUGGAACUCUACUGAGUACCUGCCUCCCGAACUCAAGACGGGCCACUGCCUCGAGCCCUUUCGCAUCAAAGUCUGACUGAGCCUGUAGGCGAUGGAGUGGGGCAGGGCUGGGAGGGGAGGGUUUUCUUACCCUACUGGCUGGCGCAGUGGUGGCAGGAUUGUGGGAUGGAUGGGAUGGACGGGCUCACACAGGCACACAGGCAUGAUUUUGCUCUCAUGACGGUGAUGGUUUUGCUCAUCGUUUUGUUCAUGUGCGUGUGCAUUGGAUGCAUGGGAUGGUUGAUGCGAGCACCCCUCAACCGUGUAAGCGCGACAGACAGAGUGACAGCGCGACUGUCUGACUGACUCAGUGAGUGAUGAUGUCAAAUUCAACCGGGCGUGUGUGUGUUGACGCGGGGCGAGAGCGAAAUAUAUAUCUUCCGAAGGAGGAUACAGAUAUGAUGACAACCUGACUAUGCACUGACUGCUUUGUGGGUGCUCUGUGUGUGUGUGCUCAUGCGUGUGUGGCUGCUACAUUGAUUGGUAUUGCUCAUCGAUGCUGCGUGCUCGUUGUCUUGUCUUGUGUUGUGUUGCCUUGUGUUAUGUUGUGUUGUCUUGUGUUGCGUUGCCACACUAAGCUAACCUGUUUGUUUGUGUUGACCGAUUGAUUGCUAACCUGUCCGUUGCCACCUGGUACCUGAUGCAUGGAUGGAUGGAUGGACUGAUUGAGCGAGUGAGUUUGCUCAUGCCUGGCUGGCUAACCUGACCGACACACAGACAGACAGAUACACGAGAAUUUUUCUCUUGCCUUUGCCAUGAUGGCCAUGUCCGCUUCUUGCCUCCUUACUGCCUCUGUCUUGCCUUGACCGCUGAAAUUUUGGUGACCUUUUGCCGCCAUGUCCAC